UGCGCGUGCGCGGUCUGUCGGGUGUAUAAAUUUCGGUGAGAGAAAUUUCUUACGGGUAUUAUCUGGCAUACUUUGAUAACUUGAACCGUCUCCGGCAGUUUUAUUUUCGGACACGUUGAUGUUGACCUACAGUUAGUUCAUUUUGUCCUCUAGUUUGACAACCGAUAACUGUACACCAGGUGCUGAAUGUAAGACUUGAGUUGAAAGUUGGAUCAGACGUAAAGUGAUGGAGGCUCCACCGGUCACUGUGAUGCCCGUCACGGGUGGCACCAUCAAUAUGAUGGAGUAUCUGUUGCAAGGCAGUGUAUUGGAUCAGUCCCUGGAGAGUCUUCUACAUCGGCUCAGAGGUCUGUGUGAUAACAUGAACCCUGAGAGCUUUGCUGACCAUGAGCUAGUCUAUCUGCUAAAGGGUCAGCAGGGCAACCCGUUUAUCCUGCGUGCCCGUCGUUCUCUUCUUCACCCCACCUCCCCCUGGCACCUGCGCUACCUGGGCCAGCCUGAGGUUGGCGACAAGAGUCGUCAUGCCUUGGUGCGGAACUGUGUGGAUGUGGCUGCCUCGCACAGUUUACCAGACUUUCUCAAUGAGAUGGGUUUCCGCAUGGACCAUGAGUUUGUGGCCAAAGGCCAGGUGUUUCGCAAGGGGCCGAUGAAAGUCGUGGUAAGCAAACUCUCCCGCGUACUGGUGCCGGGUAACACAGAGAACACAGAGCUGCUGUCUUUGUCGUACCUUGUUGAGUUAAGUAUGUUGGCACCAGCGGGACAGGACACUGUGUCUGAAGAUAUGAGAAGCUUUGCAGAGCAGCUGAAACCUCUGGUGCACCUGGAAAAGAUCGACCCCAAACGACUCAUGUAGUGUUUAUGAUGACUGAUGAGUUUAAUAGAUACUUGUGUCUUAUUUUCUUAGAGCUCUCUCAUUUGAAUCCUGCAAAAGAUGGAUAAGAUCAUUUUUAAAAUGCCUGAUUUAGUUUGUGAAAUCUAGAUUCUUUUCUACCCAGAUAAUCUGUAUCCUUCAGGAUUUUAAAUGUCCAUGGGCUUUAUGUUUAAGAUAUGUCCUUUUACUUUUGCACUGAUGUGCAUAACUGCAAAGAUCAAAUUCUCAAAAAAAUAAAAUGCAUAUCAACAUGUCAUUUGUAUACAUAUGAAUGCAAGCUUAUUCACUUUCUUAAAACAAAACAUCACACUCAUCUCUUUGUCAUGCAGACGAAAAUAAAUUGAAUUCAUCAAA